AUGGGCGUGAGUCGUCGUCAUACAGCAAACAGCAACAUUAAACCUGACUAUGACGCUAUCAUGGUCCUCGCAGAAAGUGCCAUCGAGGACUUCUCUGGUGAGGUGAACAGAGGGGUGGAAGAGGUACUCGCGAAGAUGUCGGUUAAGGUCUGCGAAGCAGUCGAAGCGGCAAUCAAAAAAACGUCGAAUGCAGGACCCAGCGCCGUGAGUACGAGAAAAGAAGCCAAUCCGAUAGCCCCCCGGUUCCCCGUCAAUGCUGGCAGCACCCUCAAGAAUACUUCGACGAACGACUGCGCCAAAAGACAGCCAGAGGAGCGGGCACCAGCCCCCGAACGAAUUUUGCCAGCAGCAAGAGACCAGUGUACUUAUUGA